AUGACGGGUAAGACUGUCCAAAAGAAAGUUUAUCUUUUAUUGAAGGAGGAAUAUCCUAUUGUAUAUUGGAGACAAACUCUGUUUCAGAACAUGGCUCGUCCUAGAGCUUUGUUUAUUUUCUGGCUGGCAUGUCAUUGCAGAUUGGCGACAAAAGAUAGGCUUCAUAAAUUCGGUUUGACAGUUGAUGUGCAUUGUUGCUUCUGUCACCGGGAGGAAACUAUUAAUCACUUGUUCUUUGGUUGCGACGAGCUGAAGGUUAUUUGGCAAAGGGUCCUUAGAUGGCUGCAGAUAGAUCAUAUCCCUAAGGAAUGGAAUGAUGAAUUGAGGUGGAUCACAAGACUUAGUAAAGGGAAAGGGUGGAGGGCUCAACUUCUAAAAAGUGCAGCUGCCGAAACAAUUUACUACUUAUGGAAUUAUAGGAACGAUGUUUGCUUUGGCAAUAGAGUACAUAAUACAAAAAUAGAGGAAGAGAUUAUCAAUACUAUAGUGUAUAGAGGCUGGAGAAGUCCUAAGCUUAGGGAGCAUAUUGCUCAGUUGCUUAUCUAG